AUGGCACCUUCGGAGCGCGUUUUAGUUGACAAGCUCAAGGCGACAGCUUUGGCGAUCUUCAACAGCUCCGAGCGCGACCAACUGAGUGUGAAAAGGGUUCGGGACAAGCUAGAGGCGCAACUUGGACUCGAGAAAGGAUUUUUUGUGCAACCCACCUGGAAAGAAAAGUCAAAGGUCAUUGUUAAGGAAUAUGCAACCCAGUUGAUCGAAGGAGAGGAACUAAAAGAGGCGUCUAUACAAGUCGACUCUCCUGUGAAGGAACCUAUCCUGUCGCACAAGAAAAGCGCAACUCCGAAUAAUAAGAGAGCAAAGAAACCCACAUCUGCAGAGCAAUCGCGACCUGCCAAGCGCCAAAAGAAACAAGAGACUCCAGAGGAAAGCAGUGAACUUAGCGAUGUGGUCUCGGACGAGGACAGCCCAGAGUCAGAGUUUGGUGAUUCGGAUGUCAGUGAUGCACCAAAACCAAAGAAGAAGUCUACGUCGAAACCCCCCGUGAAACGUCAGCCUAAGAAAAAGGCAGUUGAUUCCGAGGACGAGGAGGACGAAGAAGAGGAUGAUCUUAGCGAAGUUCCAAUUGAUGAUGAGGAUGACAGUGAUGCCAAACCAAAACCGAAGAAGGCUACCAAGCCGGCUGCUAGAAGUAAGGGAAGACGGAAGAAAGUCGAGACUCCUGAGUUAGAAGAGGAAUCUGAGCUUAAAGCAGAUUCUGAGUCUGAAGACGAACUUGCUUCAGCCAAGAAGGCGAAAUCGAGGGCUAAAUCGGCAGCGGGCUCCGAAGAAGACGAGCCAGCAUCUAUGAAGAAGUCCAAACCAGAAAUCAAACCAACACCAGAAUCUGACGCCGAAUCCAACGUACCUACUCCGAAAAAGAAGGCAAAAUCCGUGACACCUGCGAAAGCCAUUGAUUCUGAGUCGGAAAUGUCCAUCGUCCUUGACGAAGCUCCCAAGCCAAAAGCCAAACGCGGUCCCAAAGCCCCCAAAGAAACUAAAGUCAAGGCCGCCAAAGCCAACAGUAACCUCUCGCCUGCAGAAGAGCAGAUCAAAACGCUGCAAACACAGCUAGUGCGUUGCGGAGUGCGAAAAAUCUGGCAGUUCGAACUCAAGCAAUUCGAAGACGAUACGUCAGCCAAAGUUCGGUAUUUGCAGCAAAUGCUUAGGGAUAUAGGCAUGACGGGCCGGUUUAGUGAGGCGAGAGCGAAGGAGAUCAAGGAGAUGAGGGAGCUGCAGGCUGAUUUGGAGGCCGUGAAGGAGGGGGAGAAAGUCUGGGGGAUGGAGAGUGGACGGCCGAGUAGGAGCAAGGCUGCUAAGAAGAGCUUGAAGAUCAACAGUGGUGAGGAUGAAGACGAAGAUGAGAACGGGAAGUCGGAGAGUGGAAGUGAGGAUGAUAGUGAUGAGCAGCCGAGACCGAGGGUUGCCAGGGCGAAGCAGGAUCUGGCCUUUUUGGGAGAUGAAGAGGAUAGUGAUGAGUGA